AUGGAUCAUCUACGCACUUUAACAAAAGAGGAUUGGGAAAAGUUAAGUAAAAUAGGUCAUGUUGUUAAACAACUAAUACGGGAUUAUAUGCAAAUUAACACUGCCGUUAAAUCGUUUGAUCAAACUAAAAACCCAUAUGAAGAAUCGACAGCAGCUUUAAUUGGUGAUAUUCAUCGUGUUCGUCGAUAUUUUUACUAUUCAAUAAAAAAACUGCAUCUUGUCCCUCAUUUAUCAUCUGAAGCCGUUGAUUUAGCUAUAAAAGAAGUCAGAAAAACUUACGAUGAUGAUGGUAAAUCUGAAUUACUUAAACGAGUCGCAAUCUAUGCUGGAAUAACCAUGAUUACACAGCCAUUAUCUGCUGGUGAACUGAAUCGACCGUAUGUUGGUGAAACUGAAAAACUCCUUGUUGAUAUUAUGUAUCGAGCACAUAACAUUCCAUUCUUGAUAUGCGCAAUGACUAUUGAUGAAAUAGAUGGUCUUGUACCGAAACGCGAUAAUAACGCACAACAAUCCAAAGUCGAUGGAAUUAGUGUUCUUCUUUCACAUAUUGAAGGUGUUAAAAAUAUUCCAAAUUUAAUCGUUUUUGGUGCUACCAAUCGACGUAAUAUGAUGGAUGAAGCAUUUCUUCGACGUAUCCAAGCAAAAGUAUUUGUUGGGCGUCCCUCACCUGCUAUAAGAAGUAAUAUGUUAUUACCAUUAGUGUGUAAAAAUUCAGAAAUUUUUACACCAGCACGUAUACAAUCAUUAGUUAAAAUCACAACAAAUUUUAGUGGUGCUGCAAUAGGUGCAUUGAAAUCUAGUCUGAUUAUCGAGUUGGAUCGUAAUCGUAUCACUGAACAUCGUCUAUUAGAAUUAGCUGAUAGUGUUGCGAGAGAAUUUAAUGUUUGGUUUGGUAUAAGUACAUUACCAGAAAUAUGUCGUAUAAAUCCAAAUAUAAUUAAUCCUGUAAAUCAAGAAGAUGAGUUUUCAUUGGACUUUCAAAAAAUGAUACCAACAGGCCGCAUAUUAAUUGAUUAUACUGAUCGUAAAUGUCGUAUUGAAAUAAAGAAUGAUCCAACAUUGGAAAAAGAUUUAAAUAAAACUGAAACGUCUAUGCCACAUUUAUUAGCACGUUUCAUAUAUGGCUGCUCAACAAGGAAUAUUGAUACAGUACAAAUUAUUUAUUUAAAUUUUUUAAUAAAACAAAAUGCUUUUGGCGAAGACCAAAUAUUUGAAAUAUUAACAACAAUAUUUCUUGAAUGUAAUGAAUAUAAUAGAUCAAUGCUUAUAUUUGAUAUUGAUUCAUUAAUUAUGUUAAACAAAUCUGAUUCAGAAAUGUCAAAAUCAAAAUCAAUUUCAAACAUACGCAUCUAUCAAUUCAUACGAGAAAAGUGUAAAACGUCUAUUAUUGAAGAAACAGAGCCUGAUAAUGAGGGUAAAACAAUAAGAAUUGAAAAAUGGAUUGUCAUAGUUGUAAAAGACCCAUGGUUGAGAGAUACAUUGAUUGAGGAUAUUGAAUUCCAGAAAUCCUCCGCUCAACUUCUUGCAGAAGAAACAGAAAAAAACACUCGUGAGGACGAAGAAACAUCGAGAAAGUGUCCAAAGUGUUUAAGAAAUUAUGUACCAAAGGAAACACGCGAUGGAAACUGUUAUUAUCAUCCUGGUUUCGUUGUCGACAUUAAUAAUCCAAAGAAACAGAUGACUGGAGAGGAAGCUCAAGAAGUUUUACAAUGUGCUAUAUUAAAGAAAUUGUCGGAAGAAGAAAUACCGAAAUUAAUAUGGGCCUGUUGUUUACGUAUAUUCAGUGAUUCGUCACACCCAUGUGAAGUAGGUAAAUGCGGCUUGCCAAAAGAACUGGACGGUAAAAUUAACAUGAGUCAAGAUAACUAUGUUGUCUUAGUACAAGAAAAAAACAAGGAAAAUGCGAUAGCAAAGAAAAAAUUGGAACAGUUUUUACAAAGGUACAAACCAACAACAAUAAACAAAAGUUCAGCAGACUCAUCAGGAAAAUCAGCGGCAAGCUCUAUGGCAUCGCAAUUUAAUUAUAAAUCGUCAUUAUAUUCUUCAUAG